AUGGUUUGUGUUUGUCAGUCUUAUCUCUCAUUACUCAAUUCUUUUGUUGAAGGAGAGAAACCAAGUGAGGUGAAAUACAAACGACAUGAACCAUUAACACCAUACUUAUAUCUCGAUGUUCCUGGUGUAAUAGAUGAUUUUUAUUUGAACAUCAUUCACUGGAAUACACAACAUGAGUUAUUAGUUGCGUUGACUGACGUGUUAUAUAUUUGGAAUUCAGAAAGUGGAGAAGCAAAUGAAAUAUAUAAAUGUUCAAAUGACAUUGAGUUAAAUACAUAUAUAUCAUCAGUUUUAUUUAUGGAUGAUACAACAGUAAUAUUUGGAGAUGUGUUUGGAGUAUUACGGGUAAUUGACUUAACGACACAAAGACUAAUAAUGGAAAGACAAAUGCAUACAGAUAGAAUUAAUUCAUUAGCUAAAACUUGUUGUACAUUAGCAACAGGAAGUAGAGAUAAUACAGUCCAAUUAUUUGAUACAAGAUGUGAGGAUAUAGUAUGUUCUGAGUUAGUAUGUCAUAAAGGAGAAGUUUGUGGAAUUGAUUUUAAUGGGUCUGGAACAUAUAUUGGAACAGGUGCAAAUGACAAUUCUGUUAUUCUUUCAGAUUUAAGAAUGAUAAAACCAUUUUUAACUUAUUUUCAUAAUGCAGCAGUGAAAGCAAUUAAAUUUGAUCCUACAAAUGAACAUAUAAUUGCUACAGGAGGUGGUUCUUCCGAUAGAACAAUUAAAUUAAUGAACAUUAAUACUAACCAAUUGAUAACUGAACUUAAAACACAUUCUCAAGUCACAGGAAUUGUUUGGUGUGAUGAUGAAUUAAUGGUUACUCAUGGAUAUCCUUUUAAUACUAUUACCUUUUAUGACACACAACAUUGGAAUAAAACAGGAGAAUUUGAUGGACAUGAUGGUAGGAUAUUGUCCAUUGCCAUGAACAACCAUGGUAUUGCUGCAACAAUUGGAUCUGAUGAAAUGAUAAGAGUCUGGAAAGUGUGUAAUUCCAAUGAUUCAAUUUUAAAAUAA